AUGGUGUGGGAACAGGUUCUUACAGACAACUUUGUGUACAAGACCCUAAGUACAUACUUCCACACAUUUGAGGCACAUGUCUGUCAGGCUGGUCUCAAAUUUGCAAGUGAGAAAGAGGCAGCCCAUUUUCAGAAGAUGGUGGAGGGGAAGCUCAUGGAGCGGGUUCAGAAACGCAUGGGUGAGGAGAACUACAAGCGACAAAAGCAGCGGCAAGGUAACCGUGGGAACUCGAGCGGCAUUAACCAGCCGCAUGUGACCAGCGAUGUUGAAUCAGGAGCGCCACCUGCCCAGGUCUACGUUACCUCAGUGAGAAACAACACGAACAAGAAAGAUAAGGCGACAAAGGGACGGAAGAAACAACUGACGAACGAAGAGAUAAGCUUGCCUAGUGACGUAAGACGCGUCGGCCAUGUUGGGCUGAACCUAGACACAGGUCUCGACCAGGUGCAGGGGUUGGAUCCAGAGAUACAGAUUAUUUGUGAGUAUUUAGGAAUGUCGACAGUGGACGAGGAAACGAUCGAUUUCAUCUACGACUUUGUUGACAAGAAGGGUGGACUUGAAGAACUGAUGAAAGAGAUAGCACAGCAACAGUCAAGACGUCGUUGCGUACGGCCAGAAUCGGGCGAACGACAAAUAUUCCCCAGUGAUAAGGCUAUUGAAAGACGUCGCCGUGUACAUCCUUCGCCACAAGAGAUUGAGAGCAUCGCAUAUGUUUCACCUUCAAGUCCAGGACGUCGUUUUGGACGGAUGUUCAAAUCUGCCGACCUGCUGAUGCUCCCCAGUGAUACAAGAGAAAUUGCGUAA